UGCCCAGAAGAACAUAUAUCCGCACAGCGCGCCGUGCUAGCUAGCAAGCAUUCCUGGCUCUCCCGUCAAGCACCACGCACGCACAUCGCCAGGCUCAGGGCUCCUGCUGGCUUGCUCCCGGCCGAGCGCUCAGGAGGGAGGAGGCGAUGGCGGCCGUGUUGGACGCGUGGCGCAGCAAGAGCGCGGCCAUCACGUCGUGGUGCGUGUCGGCGCUGUGGAGCGGGCUCAGGCGAAGGCACCGGCGGACGGCGUACGCCCUCGGAGCCGGUGGGCUCAAGCUCAACUACGACGCGCUCAGCUACGCCCAGAACUUCGACGACGGGAGCUGCCCCGGCGAGUGCGAGCCCGACUUUACGGCCAGGUUCGCGCCCGCUGGAGCGCGGAGGCCGUCGAUCACUUGCUGUCCUUAGGAGAGCUAGCUCAUCGCUGUUUGUAGUUCCGGCCCGGCGUGUGUGGUGGUGGUGGUAUUGUUGUCACCUUCCAAGUAUGUCUCUCUCGCGUGCGUGUCUAGUUACUCUUGGUAGUAAUCGAGGUCAUGCUAGGUCUAUAUAUCUUGGCUGGAUGGGCGUGGGUGUGCGUGUGCAAGUAUUUAGAGUGGAGGAACCAAUAUUGUUUGAAUUAUGUCGACCGAUGAGCUCAAAGUUACUGUGCAUACUGCUUUUCACUAUAUUUUAGCUAAUGUAGUUCACGUGGCGUCUGGGUCAGCUUUUGUCUUA